AUGGCUGAAUACACUGUCGUACAGGGUCCGAUGCAGGUAGACGACAAUCGCGACGAUGAUCUAGGCUAUGACGAUGGUGCUUCAUAUGAGAAUGGGCGCCGCUACCAUGCCUUUCGAGAGGGCGCCUAUCUAGUACCUAACGACGACGAAGAACAACAGCGAAUGGACCUGGGCCACCACAUCUACCGCCUGAUUCUUAAGGGCGAUCUUUCACUUGCCCCUAUUGGCGAGCACCGGCAGCACGUACUCGACUUAGGCACAGGGACCGGUAUCUGGGCUUUGGACUUUGCCGACCAAUAUCCCUCGGCCGAAGUUUUAGGCACCGAUUUAAGCCCAAUUCAGCCUCAGUGGACGGCCCCUAACUGCAGCUUCGAGGUGGACGACUUUGAGGAAGAAUGGACGUAUCGUAGGAAGUUUGAUUACAUCCAUGCUCGUGAAAUCGAAGGCUGCGUUGGCGAUCCCGACAAGCUCUUCCAGCGCGCUUUCGAGAACUUGGCCCCCGGUGGCUACUUUGAGAUCCAGACCGUCUGUGCAAAAUUCGUCACCGACGACGGCUCGGAUAAGUUUGCAGGGAGCGCUAUGCAGUGGGCCUCGCUUAUUUCCGAGGCAUUGACAAAAUUCGGCAAGCCUUGGGAUACGGCGUCCGAGUGGAUGGAUAAGAUAAAGGCGGCUGGGUUUACCGACGUCCAGCAGGUUAUCCGCAAGUGUCCAAUUGGUGCCUGGCCAAAGGAUCCAGCUCUUAAGGAGAUUGGAAAAUUCCAGUUUGUCCAGCAGCAGCAGGCCGUCGACUCCUAUACACCAGGUAUCCUGUCUAAAGUCCUAGGCUGGAAGGAGGACGAGAUACAGGUUCUUAUUGCCAAGGCGAAGAAAGACCUUCGAAACCCAAACGUACAUCUAUACAUCCCUGUCUACUUUAUCUGGGGCAGGAAACCGUGA